AUGGAUACGAAUUCCUCCUUAAGUGACGAUUUACGUUUAUCUACGGAUUCAAGUGAAGAACGAGACUCUAAUAAUAAUAUCAUUGACAAACCCGCGCAAAAUAAAAGCAAGUCAACAAAUGGACGACGGACAAGUCGCUCACAACAAUCUGGUUUAUUAUUUCCUGUUAGCCGUGUUGAAAAUCGUUUGCGUGAAGGACGUUAUGCAUCUCGCAUAAGUCCUCAGGCAGCAAUUCACUUAGCUGGCGUCUUAGAGUAUCUAGUUGCUGAAACACUCGAAUUAGCCGGUGAUAUGUGUCGUCAAAGCAAACGAAAACGAAUUAUUCCCCGUGAUAUUGCUCUAGCGAUUAAAAAUGACGAUGAACUUGCAAAAUUGUGUGAAGAAGUGACUAUUCCACAAGGUGGUGUGCAACCGUUUAUUCACGAGGUUUUACUCAAGAAAAAUCGACGCCGUCGUACUCGUCAUGUUCGAUUCGAUGAAUCUUCUAUAUUAAGUUCACAGAAAUCAACGCCAUCGGAUAAUUAUGCUAAUGACAGUGAUCUACAGAUGGAAUAA